CCGGCGUUGUGACGCGACCCCACGUCCGCCGGAAGUGUCCGGAGGAGAGCCUGGAAGCCGGCUCACCCUCGCGUCCGUGGUUUCCUGAGCUUCGCGAUUUGAGCAAGGGUCGCCACUCUUCUGCCAGGAUCAUGGUGUUCUACUUCACCAGCUGCAGUGUUAACUCAUCUACUUACACUAUUUACAUGGGAAAGGAUAAAUAUGAAAAUGAAGAUCUGAUAAAAUAUGGAUGGCCUGAAGAUAUUUGGUUUCACGUGGACAAACUCUCCUCGGCUCAUGUAUACCUUCGAUUACAAAAGGGAGAGAAGAUAGAAGACAUUCCAAAGGAGGUUCUGAUGGACUGUGCCCAACUUGUGAAGGCCAACAGCAUUCAAGGCUGCAAGAUGAACAACGUUAAUGUGGUGUACACGCCGUGGUCUAACCUGAAGAAAACAGCUGAUAUGGAUGUGGGGCAGAUAGGCUUUCACAGGCAGAAGGAUGUAAAAAUCGUGACAGUGGAGAAGAAAGUGAAUGAAAUCUUGAACCGAUUAGAAAAGACCAAAUUGGAGAAAUUUCCAGACCUAGCAGCAGAGAAAGAAGGCAGAGAUCGUGAAGAGAGGAAUGAGAAAAAAGCCCAGAUUCAGGAAAUGAAAAGGAGAGAGAAAGAAGAAAUGAAGAAGAAAAGAGAAAUGGAUGAGCUUAGGAGCUACUCAUCACUAAUGAAAGCUGAGAAUAUGUCCUCAAAUCAAGAUGGUAACGAUUCUGAUGAGUUCAUGUGAGCCGAGCAAAGGAGCCCUGGGAAGACAUGAAUGUGCAGACCAUUACAGAUCUUUUGAUUUCAUCUGUGUUCUGAAUUACAGAAGAAACCAACCAAUCAAUCAGAACUCUACCUUCAGUGUACAUAGACAUCAUUCAUUUUUGGAGUUUAAAAAAAAAAAAAGUCUUUUUUUUUUUUUCUGAUGGAAAGAACAGAUGUAUAAUAUAGUUGAACUUGAAGACAACGUAUAACUUUAGGAAGAGGAAAAUAUUUUUGGCAGAACAUACGUCAGUACCUCGUGAAGGCUGGCUGCCUUUGUUCUUGAGAUAGACAUUUGAUCAGACCAACUCCGGAAAGUGUUUCUUUGGCUGCGGUUUGUCCUGGAAGCAGAUGUCAUGAAAUGCAUUUCCUACUUCUAAAAUCUCUCUGCUUCUGUUAAGUAGACUGUCGGGGGUUUACUCAGGCCAGGCUCUCAGUGAUGCUUUCCUGAUAGAAGAAAGGCAUAUGGGUUUUGAAGACAGUUGCAGUACUUGCUUAACUUGGAUUUCAAUAUUGUUGGUGUCAGAGUAGCUGGCCCAGUUCUUAGCUUAUUCUAAGGGUUAUGUUCUCCUCAAAGUGAGGGUCUCACCUUAACAUCAUAGCUACACAGUAGAUCUUAACCAAGUUUGGAGCUGGUCACAUGACCCAAGUCACAGAUGUGACAAGUAGGCUCUGAAGUCAUUCCUUCGUGGGGAGGGAGACAGGAAGGGGUGCUCCAGCAGUAGUGUGAGUGACACAGAUUGCCUCAUUUUUGUCUUGACUGUAUCAUGAAACAAAGUCCACAGUGGAUUGCAAGUUUUAGAAAGAAUCAAGCAUUUUCCUAGCCAGCUAAGUCAUCUGUUUCCUUACUUUGAAAUAAUAUUCAUGUUGAAUUGUAAUCCCAGAGUUGAGGCUCUGUGACUUCACAGGCAGCAUUGGUAUUGGGCUGAGCUACCUGCUCUCCAAUAGAAACCUUUUUUCAUCACAGUGUUUAAGCCCCUGUAGAGGCACAGUGAGGAGAGCAAAGCCU